AUGGAAACCUCAUCAAGUACAAAGGAGUCUUCCUUUGUUAUACCAUCAAAGUUAUCUAGUUUGAUGCAAUCAAAUACUACAUCACCAACAACAUCUUCGACAUCAGCAAGCAAUGACAUUGAUAUGAUAUCAGCAUCAUCAAUGUCUUCAAAUGGACAUGGCUCUGUAACAGCUAUCCCAUCCACUCCACCAUCUACAACAUCAUCGUCAUCUCAGACAUCAACAUCAACAACGACAACUACAACAACAACAACUUCAUCUACAUCACCAAUCAUACCAACAUCACCGACACCAAAGUCGAUGGUGUCUGAGAUGUUGGCGGGUAAUGCACCAGCCAAGACAUUCAGACUGGAGGUCGACCUGGCCGCCUGCAACCGUGAGGUCGACUACCGAUCACUGUUACAGAAGGAGGCACAUAGUUUCAAGCGGAAGCAGGAUGAGCUGAGGAUUAGCGAAUCAUUCUAUCAAAAGGCUGGCAGUGGUGAUGCUCUGAGGCUCUCCACAUCGUCUGACGACUUCAUACCCUACGCCCCAUCCAAGAACCGUCUGACAGAUGUCAUCAGCAAGAUUGAGCGUCGUGGACUGGAUGACGACGAUGAGUCCUCACAAUACGACAGCGAUGACAGCUUCAUUGACAACACAGAGAUUAUGAACUAUGACUCGGAUGUAGAGACCAACUAUGGUGGCUUCUUUGUACAUGUUGGAAAUGUGGAGCAGAAGGAGAGAGAUGAGGAGGAUGACGAUGAUUUUAGGUCAACAGAGUAUGCAGAGACAUCUGAUUCAUCAAAGAAGCGCAAGGUUGCAUCGACAUCGACAUCGUCCGCUGCACCAACCAUCAAGAAGGUCAAGCCCAGCACAGGUGCCGCAGCAACACCAAUACCAAGCGAUUACGAAGAGACAAUCAAUAAGUUAUUGGAGAGUCUAGAGACAGAGAUUAAGAACUUCCCUGAUGACCUAAAGAACCUUCCAAGGAAGAUAAGACCAUUGUUGUCAAAGAUAUAUGAAGCUGUUACCAGUACCAACUCACAAGGACAUCUCUCUGGCCAUAUCAUAACACGCAUUGCAACAUUCUGGCCACUGAAAGAGCAGACAAUCAGAGCACACUUGAAGAAGGCAUGGGAGGAGAUUGGAGAGACACAUGUCAACAAGACAGAGAAGACAAUCAGGAAGUACGUGGAUAAGAUCAACGAACUACUGAUGACAUUCAAGAAGCUGGUGGAGAAGGAGAAGGCUCAAGAUACAGAGAGUAAGGAAUACAAGUUCAGCAAGACUAGCAAGUCAUUGAUAUAUCAGAUUGUCAACUUGAACAAGGAGAUUGUGGACUUGAAGAAUGAAGCGGCUGUUCGUGCUGCAAAGGCUGGUGCCGAAGCAGUGGUCAUUGCAGAGGUCACACAACGAUCACAUCUCUACAAGAAGAUUGUCAAUCUCUUCCCUGGUGGCUGGCUCAAUGCCAAGCUACUCUCGGCUGCAUACUCCUCAGUUAGGAAGAGUGCCUUGCUAAAGGCUCAGCUGGAAACUUCAUCCCCAUCAACGCCAACAACAUCCACAAAGUCCUCUGAGGAACCAACAACGCCCAAGACGCCAUCAACACCCUUGAUUACAAAGGACAAGGACACUGAGAGGAAGGAAAAGUCUUCCAAGGACAAGGACAGCAAAGAUAGAGAGAGCAGGAAGUCAGUGGAGUCAUCAGAGGUCAGGGACAAAGACAAAGACAGGACAAAGCUCAAGGAGAAGACCAAAGUAAGCGACGUAGAUAAGGAGAAGCCAAAGGAGAGAAGCAAAGACAAGGAGAGGGAGAAAGAGAAGGAUAAGACAAAGGUUGUAAAGGACAAGACAAAGGAGAAGGAGAAGGAGACAAAGGUUGUCAAGGACAAGCACAAGGAGAAGACACCAACAUCAGACAAACACAGAGAGAAGGCCAAGGAACAUUCAAGUCCCAAGAGCUCAGAGAAGGAUAGGGAUAGAAUCAGUCGAGACAAGGAGAGGGAGAAGAGCAAAGCAUCAUCAACAUCGACAUCAACCACAUCAAGCAGCAGCAGUAGUAAGAGCAAAGAUAGGGAUAAAGAUAGAGUAUCAAGCAGAGAUAAGGAGAAGGAGAAGGAAAGGAGCAAGGAUAAAGAGAGAAGCAAAGACAAGGAGAGGAGGAGCAGUAGUAGCAAGGACCAACAGGAGAAGAAGGACAGGGAUAAGACCAAUGUGUCGGCAUUACUUUGCGAUGACGAUGAGGAUGACCAACUGAUUGAUGUCAUGUUCCCAGAACACCUGAGGAAGUUCAAGCCUCGCCCAUCAGACUUUAUAGACGACGACUCACCAGAGGAUGUGGACAUGCCCUCACCAUUCAAAUCCAGUCAUGGACUAAUGUGA